CAGCUGGUCUGCUUGGUGUUGUGGUCGAUGUAGAAGACUUUGCCGUCGUAAUCCCUCGCCUCCUCCCAGCCAUCGGAACCACCAGUGAAGCAUAUGUGUACGCCGCGGGUGCCCUGGACUUGUGGCCUGAAAAGCAAGCAGCUAAGUCGCAUUAAGUAUAGACACCAGGUGUGAGUUACUGAGUGUUUAUCUCUCAUUUGCUAUAGGAGAAGAGUACCCCAGGCUGGUUACCAUGGUUCAGCUGAUAGAAGCAGUGAAGCAUCCUGCAAAAAAAGAGAGGAUUAUUUGGAAUGGCCUGAAUAUUUUAUGGCAGUAGCUUUUCUGUCAGCACAAAGAAGUAAGGAUCCAAGCUCUCAGGUUGGUGCCUGCAUUGUAAAUUCAGAAAACAAGAUUGUUGGAAUUGGAUACAAUGGGAUGCCUAAUGGUUGCAGCGAUGAUGUACUGCCCUGGACAAGAACAGGAGCAAAUAGACUAGACACAAAAUAUCCUUAUGUGUGCCAUGCUGAAUUGAAUGCCAUCAUGAACAAAAACUCAGCUGAUGUGAAAGGCUGCAGCAUGUAUGUUGCCUUAUUUCCAUGUAAUGAAUGUGCAAAGCUCAUCAUCCAGGCAGGCAUAAAGGAAGUUAUUUUCAUGUCCGACAAGUAUCAUGACACUACAGAAAUGACAGCUGCACGGCGGAUGUUUGAUUUGGCAGGGAAUUCAAGCCAAAGUGUAACAAGAUCAUCAUCGACUUUGAUUCAAUUAACAGCAGACCAAGUCAAAAGCUUCUGUGAAUUAUGUCUCAUUAAGUCUGUAGGAGAGUGUGAUUAUCCUUUUUAGAAAAGCUUCUAAUGCCUUUCAUCUUGAACAUGCAACUUUUUAAUGGUUUCUGUAGCUAAAGCAGACUUCUAAGAAAUCCAAGGCAUAAGGUGUCCCGCUCACUUCAUCUUGUCAUGUGGAAUCUAAAUCUACUUAAAAUUUUUUUAUGCCUUUAUCAAAACUGCUUAAAAAAUAGAGACACCUAGAUGAAACAAUAUAAGUAAAGAAAACUGUUCUGAUUCUUCCUGUAUUCAUCACCACAUGCUCUGGUGGGCUGUCAGCACAGAUUUAGCCUCAGUUUAACAGCAGUACUUGUAACCAGUAGUACGGUGGAAUAUGCUAAUAGAUGUUGAUCUCUCUGUUGGAUAUGUGGAUCUUCACAGUUGAUCCUAAUAAAGAACCAAAAAUGUUAUCCGUGCAAAUGCUAAUCUUCCAACUAGCAUAACACUAAUAUUUAAAAGGUUUUACAGCUUUAGGAAUGUGUGCCAUUCUGCUUGUUACCCAACAAAUGAAAUGCUGACUUUUCUUUUAAUUGCUAUCUGACAUUGCCGUACUUGGGGAGGGUUGAGAGAGAAAGCUGUUCUGAGAAUUGUCCCUGCCUGAGUGAGCUUUACAGGUGAUUUCAAAUCCUUGUUUUCCCCAAGACUCCAGAACUGAAGGGGCUUGAGGGAGUAAAUAAUUUGGUGCUUUACCUCUGGGACUUUUACACUGAGUUUGUUUUCAUGUGUAAAAGAAAAUAAUUUUAUUGGUCUAAGCUGUUCCUAGAUAAUUCAACAUAGCUCAGUCUUAAACUCCACCUGUAAAGUAACCAAAUCGUUUUUUGUCCUUUGAGAGAAAUUGGAGAUAUUCAACCCACAUCCGUAUCUGUGCCAAAAGAUGUAAUUGCGGAGUUAGCUUGUUUCCCAGUGCUGACAUAGUGCCUCUGUUUUCAUAAAUGUUGCCUAAAAUAAUAUCCUUUUUAAUUUUAUCUUGAGAUCUGGGAAUAGAUUUCAGUUCAUUUUCUCUAAUUUGAUUUUUAAAAAUUAAGUAUGCCUAAUGGCUUUGUUUAGAUAACAUUGGUGGUUGGUUGUUUUGUUGUUUUUUGUUUUGGUUGUUGGUUUUUUUUAAUGUGGUUAUACUUCAAUGAGCUUUUAUUUUCUCUACAAAAGCUUUGUUUCAUAUUUUGGGACAUUAUGUAAUUUGGCUUCAUACCAGUAUUAUUAAAGUCUUAUUAAAAUCCA